GCUUUCGCCUCGUGGUCUGUCCAGCUCAAUGCUCGUUUGCUGAUUCGUCAGAUUCCUUUGCGCCUUUCCUUCAGAAACGCUUCCAAGCUUUCUUUGGCUGCCAUCGUCGUUCAAGUUGCCCUUUUUACAUUCCGGCGCAGUCUUCCAAGUUUCUACUUGAAAGAAACCUGUGGUCAUCAGCAAAAUGGCGCUGGCGGAGAGCAGAGAAAACUAUGUCUAUAGCGCCAAAUUGGCUGAGCAGGCGGAACGAUAUGAUGAGAUGGUGGAGGCCAUGAAGAAGGUGGCCAAGCUAGACGUGGAGCUGACGGUCGAGGAGCGGAAUCUCCUGUCAGUAGGGUACAAGAAUGUUAUCGGCGCACGGCGAGCAUCAUGGAGGAUCAUGUCCUCAAUUGAGCAGAAAGAGGACAACAAGGGAAACGAGACCAACGUGAAGAGGAUCAAGGAGUACCGGCACAAGGUCGAGACAGAGCUUUCAAACAUCUGCAAUGACAUCCUAACCAUCAUCGACGAGAAUCUGAUUCCCUCAUCAGACACGGGCGAGUCAAAAGUCUUCUACUACAAGAUGAAGGGAGACUACUACCGGUAUUUGGCUGAGUUCAAGAGCGGGAACGAGCGCAAGGAGGCCGCUGAGAACUCCCUAGGGGCUUACAAGGCUGCCUCAGAGAUCGCCCAGGUGGACCUCCCCCCCACCCACCCCAUCAGGCUGGGCCUGGCCCUCAACUUCUCCGUCUUCUACUACGAGAUUCUGAACUCACCCGAAAGAAGGGGGUUACUCGCUAAAGUUUCGAUCUCGGUCAACGUGGUCAACCCGGGCGUGCCACCUGGCAAAGCAGGCGUUUGA